ACCGUUCCUUUGACUAAACAGCUGUCGCACGUCGCACGGCGCACUCCGAAAGCGUCUAUCUCGCACGCAAUCCGUGUCUCGGUGGCUGUUCAUAUCCAGAUGGAUGAAGUAAAGAGCAGGGGUUCAUUCAAAUUAUCACCAAGAGGGAUAAGGAGCGGAAUAUUAGAUGAAUAG